AUGAAGGCAGCCCAGGAUCGACAGAAGUCAUAUGCAGACCAGAAUAGGAGAGUGGUAGAGUUUGAAAUUGGAGAAAAGGCAUUACUUAAGGUUUCACCAACCAAAGGUGUCAUGCGAUUUGGAAGGAAGGGAAAGUUGAGCCCGAGGUACAUUGGCCCGUAUGAGGUGUUGAAACGAGUUGAAGAGGUGGCAUACCAAUUAGCUUUACCACUGGAGUUAGCCAAUGUCCAUAAUGUUUUCCAUGUCUCCCAACUCAGAAAAUAUAUCCAUGACCCUAACCAUGUAAUCCAACCAGAGUCUAUUGAGUUAGAUGAGUCAUUAACCUCCAAAGAGCGCCCUAUUAAGAUUCCUGAUACCAAAACGAGAAGUACCCGGAACAAGGCCGUUAAGUUAGUUAAAGUGCUAUGGUCGAAUCAAAAUUCCGAAGAGGCAACUUGGAAAGCUGAGGAUGACAUGAAAAAGCGUUAUCCAAAACUUUUUGAGCAGGUAUGCUAA